UUUAUCGUCUUGUCCUCAUCUUCCUCACCUUGACUUCACCUCCCCCAACUCUUCUUCUUCAACGGAGGCUGGGAGGACUGGAAGGUAGCACAGCACAGCACAGCAAGAAACCAAGGUGCUUUUGAGUUCUUGAGAUCAUGGCCAGGAGGCAUCUCUUGGUGGUAACCACUUGUUUGUGGGCUCUGUCAUGUGCCUUGCUGCUUCAUGCCUCCUCUGAUGGGUUCCUGAGAGUCAACCUCAACAAGAAGAGAUUGGACAAGGAGGAUCUCACUGCCGCCAAGUUGGCGAGGCAGGGAAACCAGCUUCUGAAGACGGGCGGUUCAGACAGUGAUAUUGUUCCUCUGGUGGACUACCUCAACACUCAGUACUUCGGGGUGAUUGGCCUUGGCACACCACCACAGAACUUCACGGUCAUAUUUGAUACUGGAAGCUCCAACCUGUGGGUUCCUUCAGCAAAAUGCUAUUUUUCGAUAGCAUGCUACCUCCACAACAGAUACAAGUCCAAAAAGUCGAGCACUUACAAAGCAGAUGGAGAGACUUGCAAAAUUACAUACGGUUCUGGGUCAAUUUCUGGAUUUUUUAGCAAGGAUAAUGUGUUGGUUGGAGACCUUGUUGUGAAAAACCAGAAGUUCAUCGAGGUUACGCGCGAGGCAAGUGUUACCUUUAUCGUUGGAAAGUUUGAUGGAAUUCUUGGUCUUGGCUACCCUGAUAUCUCUGUUGGGAAAGCUCCUCCAAUCUGGCAGAGCAUGCAGGAGCAGGAACUGCUUGCAGAUGACGUCUUCUCAUUUUGGCUGAACCGAGACCCGGAUGCAUCCUCUGGUGGUGAGCUUGUCUUUGGUGGCUCGGAUCCGAAGCAUUAUAAAGGGGAUCAUACCUAUGUCCCUGUUUCUCGCAAAGGAUACUGGCAGUUUAACAUGGGGGAUCUCCUUAUUGAUGGCCACUCCACUGGCUUCUGUGCAAAAGGCUGUGCUGCUAUUGUGGACUCUGGAACUUCCUUGCUUGCUGGUCCAACGACAAUAGUUGCUCAGGUGAACCAUGCUAUCGGAGCUGAAGGAAUUAUCAGCAUGGAAUGCAAAGAAGUGGUUACUGAGUACGGAGAGAUGAUCCUUGACUUGCUCAUAGCACAGACAGAUCCGCAGAAAGUAUGCAGCCAGGUUGGUCUGUGUAUGUUUGACGGUACACACUCUGUAAGCAAUGGGAUUCAAUCGGUUGUCGAGAAAGAAAACCUGGGCUCUGAUGCUUUGUGUUCAGUUUGUGAGAUGGCUGUUGUGUGGAUAGAGAACCAGCUGCGUGAAAAUAAAACAAAGGAACUGAUAUUGAAUUAUGCUAAUCAGUUAUGCGAGCGUCUACCAAGCCCCAAUGGAGAAUCAACAGUCAGCUGCCAUCAAAUAUCGAAAAUGCCAGAUCUUGCAUUCACCAUUGCAAACAAGACAUUUGUUCUUACGCCAGAGCAGUACAUUGUGAAGCUGGAGCAAGGAGGGCAAACUGUCUGCAUCAGCGGGUUCAUGGCGUUCGACAUACCGCCACCACGCGGUCCUCUUUGGAUUCUUGGAGAUGUUUUCAUGGGUGCAUAUCAUACGGUUUUCGACUUCGGCAAUGACAGGAUCGGGUUCGCGGUAUCUGCAUGAAGAGUCUGUAAAAAAUCAGUCUUGUUUAUCACAAAGAUAGCCUAUAUAUAUAUUAGGGAUAAUUUGGCUGUCUACUCUCAUAAGCUGAAGCCAAAUAUGUAUGGUUUCAGAUCAUUAGCUAGUACACGGAAAAACCACUUUGGUUUUUUGUUUCUGGAAAACAAAAAGGUGAAGAUGGAAGGAUUGUUUAAAGCAGUGCUAUGCUUGAAUAAUCCUUAUAUGCUUUGUAUAUGUAUAUAUACCGAAUGAUGGAGCAUUACUGAAUAAUAAUCCUGCUCAUCUUAUGGAUUCUGAAA